UCUUUUAUUGUUCCCGUUAGAAUUAUUUAAAAUUGAGACUAUUUUAAGAAAGAAAUUGAAUGGAGUCCAGCGUAUUGCCAAAACCAAGAACGCGUACCAUCGCUCUCUGGAAACUAAAUAAAAUGAUUGAGGAAGGAGAGGUGUUUGUUGAUGCUCCUUACCAAAGAGAUAUUGUGUGGAAUGCCGAAAAGAUGGGAGAUUUGGUUGACUCGGUACUGAAUAAUUAUUAUAUUCCACCGUUGUUGUUUGCAGUGAGACUUGCUGUGAACGGGAAGUUUAUUCGGGUUGUUAUUGAUGGUAAACAAAGACUAGCCGCCAUUCGAAGGUUUAUGAAGAAUCUAGUGGCUUAUGUUGAUACAUCGUCAGGAAAGACUAUUAACAGAUACUAUCUGGAUGACCCCACGAUCAGUGAAAAUGAUACUGAAGCUGAACGUGCAUUAAGAAAUAAUAUCAAACCUACGCAUUUUUUAACGCCAGAACAAUUCGAUACAUUUAAUGAUUUUGAAUUCGUAGCUGUGGAAUACGCAGACAUUGCUGAAGAGGACGAGUUCAAUAUCUUUUCUAGAGUCCAAUUGGGUAUUUCCCUGUCCAGUGCUGACAAGUUGAAAGCAACAAACACACCUUUGGCUGCUCUGUGCCGUCAACUAGCAAAAGAGUUCCAGCCGUUAGUCAAAGCUCUAUCUAAGAAAGCCGACUCUGAAUUGUUCAAAGCCAUUGCACUUUCUUACUAUAGUGUGGCUGUUGAACCGAAAUAUUUCAGAAGUGUCAAUCUUCAAAAGUUUCUUGCGGAGGAUAAAGCUCCCAAUGCUGACAUAGUUGAAAGACUACGUAGAGCGCUAGGGAUCAUGAAGUCUAUUGCUGCAAAUGAACCAACUGUAUUUAAUAGACAUGAUAAUCGUCAUGUAGCUUUUAAAAUGAUAGAAUUUGUUUCUUUUGCAAGAUACAUAAUGAUGAUUGCACGCCCAAGAUUAAUGGAAAAUUUCAUUGGAGAUUUUCUAAACAUUCGUAGAUAUUUCUACGAGAAAUCAGAUAAUAACAGAUUCUACUUCAGUGCAAGCAGAUGGCAAGAUAUUUGUCGAUGGCUUGACGAAUACGUACAAAAAAACGGACUAAACCAAACACUAGCACCUUCCAAUUAUACCAAAAACAACAACAAUUCGGUUGACACCAUUGUUUACGGAAACAAUAUACCCCCCACCAUCACCACCACCCCUCAGGUUGUUGCCAACGUCGUCGGGGCAGAUCGUUUAGCUCACAAAAUCUUUAACAGUGAUGACGAUCUCUCUGACGAUCUUUCUGAUGAAUAUGAAACAGGGAACAAUGCUGUUUCAACCGUCCCCUUCAAAAGAAGACAUGUUAGUGUUGGAGUUGAACCAGGGAGCCACCCAUUUGGUGGUCGUCCCGUGGCCAGGAGAGGAGGCAUGGGCAGUCAUCGUUCCAGUCAUUUCCACUCCAGCAGGAAUUCAGCUCCUACCACGCAACACUUCUGACUGUAUUCCGAUCGUCACGAAAGGGUCGGUCGCCCUUGUCAAGGAGGAAAAGGCAUGAGCAGCAUUCGAUCCCCAUUGACUUGCGUAUCUACAGAUAUCCCCUGCUCAACACUUUCAAGGACCUUCAACGCCCUAGCCUAUCCUAUCCUCAUCUCUCUUUUAUACAUAUUUUAAAGUCGAAAAGCGAAUUGUAUCCUCACCUCCCCCCCCCCUCCCUUUUUUGCUUCCGGAAAGUAUCCAUGGGCUUUACAUUCAAAGUUUUAUUAAAGGCAAUUCGCCAGUUUGUCAUCAUCUUGG